CCUACGUUCCAUUGUCUCCUCAUACGUGGCUCUGUAGCCAUUGUCCGCCUUUCAUUCGCCAGUAACUCCAGCAUCGGAACAUGGCUUCUGAACCAAAACUACGAAUAGCUUUUAUUCACCCUGACUUGGGAAUUGGUGGAGCCGAACGUCUAGUCGUGGAUGCUGCAUUAGGUCUCCAGACUUUAGGCCACUCGGUCGACAUCUAUACUUCUCACCACGACCGCGACCACUGUUUCGAUGAGACACGAGACGGAACCCUUCGAGUACACAACGUCGUCUCUCCUUUCCCUCGCUCUUUCCGAGGCCUGUUUCAUAUUCUGUUUGCACAUGCCAGACAACUUCACCUCACGAAACACCUCCUGUUCUCAUCUCAGCAGGCGUCUUCUGAUGUCUUCUUCGUUGACCAGUUGUCAACAUGUAUACCUCUCAUACGAUUGUGGGGAAAGAAGCGCGUAAUUUUUUAUUGUCACUUCCCCGAUAAGUUACUGGCCAAUGGUGAAUUUGUAGAAGGAAAAUCCAGAAAGAAAAUGGGCUUCUUGAAAUCAUUAUACCGCUUUCCAAUGGAUUGGUUAGAGGAGGUCACAACUCGUCAGGCCGACAUUAUACUCGCAAAUUCUAAAUUUUCUGCCCGUGUUACCCAAUCUUAUCUUCCCUCUAUCCGUCAGUCCCCAAGGGUCAUCUAUCCCGGAAUCAAUAUUCCCGCAUAUGAGAAAGCAGUCGACUUGUCAGAUCCUGACAUCAUCCGCGUUUCUUCUGAACGUCCAACGUUUUUGUCUCUGAACCGCUUCGAGAUGAAGAAGAAUGCUGUUCUAGCUAUUCAAGCCUUCUCUCUUUUUCAGAAUGAAUCUUCUGGGAGAAAGGAAGUCGAUGGAAUAAGACUGGUAAUCGCUGGUGGUUACGAUCCGCGGUUGGAAGACAACGUCAUGACACUUGCUUCUUUAGUGGAUCAGGCAAAGGCACGCGAACUAACCUACGACAUAGUCACUCCUUCUCAGUUCCAAUCAAACCUCCCAUCAAUCGGUGGAACUACAAGCGACCCUAGUAUCUUGUUCCUUUUGAAUUUCACCACCGCUCAGCGCUCAGCGCUGCUAAAGGCCCCGUCUACCCUUGCCCUCCUUUAUACCUCGGCGAAUGAGCAUUUCGGUAUCGGCCCUGUCGAAGGGAUGAUUUGUGGUCUUCCAGUACUGGCUUGCAACAGUGGUGGACCUACGGAGAGCGUGGUAGAUAGCCCUAUAGAGCAAAAAACCGGGUGGUUGCGUGCCCCAGAGGCUAAACUAUGGGCAGAGGUACUGACCGAAAUAUCAAGUCUUACAAAGGAACAACGAAACGUAUUGGCAACUAGGUCACGAAAUCGUGCGCGGGAGUUAUUCGGUAUGGAUUCAAUGGCCAAGAAGAUGGAGGUAGUGUUGCAAGAAGCAUUUGAGAUGGGUCCGAUCCCCUCUUUCAACUGGCAGUACCUGCUAUAUUUCGUGGCUCUGGUUUCCUACUUGUUUGGAUAUAUCUUUCGUUAGCCAGAAGCUUAUUCGAUACCUUAUGAG